AUGCCCGUCGGCGUUACCAACAGUCUGGUAAAACUGUCAAGAUGUGUUCGGUUCGAGGCCACGGCUCACGUCCACGGUCCCCAGGGUGGCGCAUCAGCUCAACCCGCAGUGUCGAUUGAGUGGAAGCAGGGCGAGAAACCCGAGCCGAUGGCACGCUUCAUUCAACUCAACAUCGGCGCCGUGCAUUUCGGCCGCGCAUACCAGGGGGAAAAUGGGCAAUUUUUCGUGGAGGCGGAGCUUUAG